AGCCUUACGUUUGAGGGGGACGGGACAAAUAAAUACCCCAAAGCUACUGGGGGACUGGAGACUUCCAUUUCAGAAGUGGCCACAGGCUUUUCAACAGUUUCAAUUGUGUGUUGCAACAACAACAAGGAAACAUGGUCAGCCGGUUUGAGCACCCAGCUGGUAACUACAAGAAGAUUUUUGAGACCUGUGAGGAGCUAGCUGAGGUUCUGCCAACAACGAUUACAGGAAGGAUUCCUUCUUUUCUGAAGGGAAGUCUUCUCCGUUUGGGUCCUGGACUUUUUGAGGUUGGAGAUGAGCCCUUCUAUCACCUCUUUGAUGGCCAGGCCUUUAUGCAUAAAUUCGACUUCAAGAAUGGCCAAGUCACAUAUUACAAUAAGUUUGUCAAGACAGAUGCGUAUGUACGAGCCAUUACAGAGAAGCGUGUGGUGAUAACUGAGUUUGGUACAUUUGCGUACCCAGAUCCCUGCAAAAAUAUCUUUUCCAGGUUUUUCACAUACUUCAAAGGAGUUGAGGUCACAGACAACUGCUUGGUGAAUGUCUAUCCUAUUGGAGAAGAUUACUAUGCGUGUACAGAGACCAACUACAUCACUAAAGUGGAUGUCGAGACCUUGGAGACACUCAAGAAGGUUGACAUGUGCAACUACGUCAACAUUAACGGAGUGACAGCACAUCCUCAUAUUGAGGAAGAUGGCACCGUAUAUAACAUUGGAAACUGCAUGGGAAAAGGUGCAACACUGGCCUACAACAUUGUCAAGACCCCACCUACACAGAAAGAUAAGUCUGAUCCCAUUGAGAAAUCCAAGGUGGUGGUGCAGUUCCCGAGUGCUGAGAGGUUUAAACCCUCUUAUGUUCACAGCUUUGGUAUGUCAGACAACUAUUUUGUCUUUGUGGAGACUCCAGUGAAAAUCAACCUCCUGAAGUUCCUGAGCGCCUGGAGCAUCCGAGGCUCCAACUACAUGGACUGCUUUGAGUCCAAUGAGGCCCAAGGAACCCUUUUCCACAUUGCCAAGAAGGAUCCAGGUGAAUACAUCGACCACAAGUUUAAAGGAGCCCCCAUCGGCAUGUUUCACCACAUUAACACCUAUGAGGAUGAUGGAUUCAUCGUUUUCGACUUGUGCUCAUGGAAAGGUUUUGAGUUUGUUUAUAACUAUCUCUGGUUGGCCAACCUGAGAGCCAACUGGGAUGAAGUGAAGAAGGCAGCCAUGAUGGCACCCCAGCCGGAGGUGCGCAGAUAUGUCAUUCCCCUGGAUGUCCACAAGGAGGAGCAGGGGAAAAACCUUGUGAGCCUGCCAUACACUACAGCUACAGCUGUAAUGCAUGCCGACGGGACGAUCUGGCUGGAGCCCGAGGUGCUAUUUUCCGCGCCUCGCCAAGCAUUUGAGUUUCCUAACAUCAACUACAAGAGGUUUGGUGGGAAGAAUUACACAUACGCCUAUGCCCUGGGUCUCAACCACUUCAUACCAGACAGGAUCUGCAAGUUGAAUGUGAAGACCAAAGAGACCUGGGUAUGGCAAGAGCCCGACUCUUACCCAUCAGAGCCCCUGUUUGUGCAGAGUCCUGAUGGCAUAGAUGAGGACGAUGGAGUGCUGCUCACCAUUGUGGCGGCUCCUGGUUCCCAGAAACCAGCAUACCUCCUCAUCCUCAAUGCCAAAGACCUGUCCGAGAUUGCCAGAGCAGAAGUGGACUGCAGCAUUCCUGUUACUUUCCAUGGGAUGUACAAACAUUGAGAAUCCAGUUCAAUCUUAUCAACUGUCAAAUAGUAUUACAAUGAUGAUAAAGAUUAAAAAAAAGAAAAAAAAGAACUAUCAAUCUGCAGAAAAGAUGAAGUUUUUUUAGUUGAAAAGGUAUAGUAUGUCUUCGUUUACUGUACAUUAAGUGUAAGUUAAGUGCAUCCUGAAGUAUAAUUGUAUGGAUUUGCUCAUAACAUCUGUCAUAUAAACAGGUUGUGGUUGCAAAAUAUAAUGAAUCAAUAUCAAUAAAUGCUGCUGUUCCUAACUU